AUGAAUCGCAUGCCUCCUCCGGAAGGGCACCAUGCGCACCCGGGUCCGCAUACGGCAUACGAGCCUGCAUGGCGUCCUUCAUACGGCCCGUCGUUUGACAACCACCCCGACUCCCGCCGCCCCUCCGCAAACUCCCAGACACCCCUUCCACCGCAGCCGCCACCAGGAUACCCCGUGAUGCCCAGCCGGGAGCUACCGCAAUUAACAUCGGAAGGCCCGUAUGGUCGUCCGAAUGGUCAUGGCAUACCCCUGCAUGCGCCCGCACAUUCCCCGCAAGAUCCAAUGCCCCCCCACCCAAACUUCCACCAGCCGAUGAAUGGCGCGCCGCAUGAGGGGUCGCCUGAUUAUCGCGCUCGUAUGGGCUACCCACCCCCGGAUCAGAUCAACAGCGCUGAACACACACCCGUUUCGGGUGCUCUGCCUCCUGCUUCCCAGUUCAUGGCUCCGGUUGCCCAAAUGGCAAGUGCUACGCCGCCUGCCGGGUACGACCAAGCAUUUUACCCAAACCAGGCGUUUGGAGCACGCCAGCGUAAGGCGAAUAGAGCUACGCAGGCUUGUGACCAAUGCCGAGCUAGGAAGGCAAAAUGUGAUGAGGGACGUCCGAACUGCAGCCACUGCAAAGAAAACAACCUUAACUGUGUCUACAAAGAAGUUCCGCCGCACAAGCAGGAGAAGACCACCCAGCUGGUAUUGGAUCGGCUCUCCCAAAUAGAGAGCCGCAUGGAGGAGCGAGACAACCGCAUGGAUGAACGUUUCGAAAAAAUGCAAAAGCAAAUGCUAGAGCAGAUGCAAGCGCAAUUGCUUUAUAAGCCGGUUUUACAACCAACUCAGACUCUCCAAGAAUGUCCAGCCCUUCCACCACCACCGCCGCCGGUCAUCAAGCAGGACCCGCCUCUCAAAACAGAGAUGUCUCAGAGCAAAGUCUCAACCCCAAACUUUUUGGACCUCGGGAGUCAGGAUGCAGUUGCUUUAUCAAAAUUUAGCCAACAUAUUGGACUUCUAGACCCGAGGCUCGAGGAUCAGAAGGAGGCUGAGGGAGAGCUAUCCAUUCCAGUGGAGCAUACUACUGCAGCCCACAAGCUGCUGAUGUGGCCGUCAAUUAAGAGGCUGCUACAUCCUGCAGAGUAUGGCGAGGAUUAUGUGAUGCGGUUGGAAGAAGAGCGCGGUCUCAUCAGCAUCUACGGCCAAGGCGAGAUCUCAUACACUGCCGACGACAGUCAAUUGCCAAUGAAUGGUGACUCCAAGUGUGGCCGACCCGAUGGGGAUGGCGCAGGACCGGACGCUGACGUCGACAUUGACGAAGCUGGAAAUUUAAAGCUGGAUGCUGCGACUGCUAGACGCUACUAUUCCAGCUACUUCGAGCACAUGUUUAAGCUUCACCCAUUCCUUAUGGAGAGCGAACUCAAUUUCAAGGUCGAUAGCUUUAUCCGAUGCUAUUGUCGCCUAAACUCGUCUCCGAGUUUGGCUUCCAAUUACACACGACUAGCUCGCGACGGUCCGCCACCAGGUAAAAGGAGGCGGUCAAACGACAACCUGGGUGUGCGUGGCGAGUUCAUGGAAACCAUCUCUAACCCGCCGCGGCCACGAGUCGGUAAGAAUAUUGACAAUGCCAUUGUCCUGCUGUGUCUGGCCCUCGGAGCCAUUUGCGAAGCUCGUGCCCCUCUCCCUGGUCCUAUCAUGGACAAGAAGAUUGCCUACCAUAACCAGCCAAUUCCUCGGCCGCUGACACCAUUUGUCCCACCGCCGACUGUAAAUGGGACUUACGUUACCCAUGGUGUGCUCUCCCCCGCAAACUCUGACUCGGCACCCAUGCAGAUGUCGUUUUCGGGUUCACUUUAUUCUAUGCCAAUCCAGCUUCCUGGCCAAUCUUUCCCAAGCGCUCCAAUGCAUGAACGCAUACAAGGCCUGUCAAGGAGAGAUGUGACAGACACACAGGAUGAACAAGGGAACACGAAGAAUUAUCAGGCGAUUCCCGGCCUGACUCUCUAUGGGUACGCGACCGCAAUAUUGGGCCAUCUCCAAGGUGGCAACGAGUUAGAACAUGUCCAGUGCGCUUUGCUUGCUGGUCUUUACGCCGGCCAGUUGGCCCAUCCCUUCCAGAGUCACAGUUGGAUUUCUCAGGCCUCAAGGGCUUGCCAGGUUCUUGUGAGAACCAAGCGAUAUGAGCGACUUGAAGAGGGGGCCACGCAGGACUUGUACAACUUUGCUUACUGGACUUGUCUGCAAUUAGAGAGUGAUCUUCUUGCAGAGUUGGAUAUUCCGGCAAGUGGUAUCUCCCGUUCCGAGGGUCGGAUGGCAAUUCCGAAAGGAAAAUGGACAAUCGUUCUACCGAAUGAUCUCAACGCACCCCAAACGAUGAUGAUGCUGUUCUAUUCUGCCCAAAUUCAUCUACGCAAAGUCUUGAAUCGAGUUCAUACAGACUUGUACAAAGUCGAAAAACAAGGACAAACGCGAUGGUCAUCCACCGUUCAAGAGGCCCUGAGCCUGAACCUCGACCUCUGGCGUAAAAGCCUACCACAAAACAUGCAGUGGGAGGAGAGUGAUCCGCCGGCAAACGAAAUCAACGCUGCUCGCAUGCGUGCCAAGUAUUACGGUGCCCGGUAUAUUAUUCAUCGACCUCUUCUCUACCACGCUCUGCAUUACGGCCACACAGGUGCCCGCGUCGGUCCAGUCGGCCAGUCUGUGGUGGACUCGCCGACCUCGCAACAACUGUCCCCGUCGAUGCUGCACAACGCGGCUCGGGCUCUGAGAAUGGCGCGUAUGCCUAGUGAGAUGGGCUCUAUGCCGGCCGCAGUCUCUAAUGACUGGCAGCCCCCUAAAGUCCGUUUACACGAUCUGCCGAAAAAGCUGAAAACUGCUUGCCAAAUCUGCAUUGCAUCGGCCAUCAAGAGCACAGAGGCUUUUGACGGUGUAGGUGGACAUCGGCUGGUCGUUACCAACAUUUUCGGCACUGCCCAUGCACAAUUCGGGAAUAUGCUCGUCCUAUCUGCAACUUUUAUGUCAAGUCUAAAUGAGCUUGUCGAACCAGAGCUACUCGAUCGUCUUCUCGUCCGCACCAUAGGCUUCCUCAUCCAAAGCGAGAACAUAUCCCCUACCCUCCGCGCCGAUGCUCGCAUUCUCACUGAGAUUUACCAGAAGAUCUUCGAUCGUGCCCCUGACUUGAGCCAAGCCACCAGGAUGAGCAGCAACACCCCAAGCCUGAACAGUCACACGACAAGCAUCAGCUUCACUUAA